AUGAAAUUCGCUACUUUAUUUGCUGCUUCUGUUGCUAUCUCUGCUGCCAACGCUACAUUUCUCCCAGGCUUAUUAGGUGGUAGUUCUGGUGGUUACGGAAGUUCUUCCGGUGGUUCGACUGUUGAAACUUCUUGUGGUGGUUCUGGUUCUGGCUCUGGUUCUUGUGGUUCAACCUCUGAACAAUCAUGUGAGCAACCUUGUGAACAACCUUGUGACACUACUGGAGGUUCUGCUGGUGGUUCUACUAGUACUCAAGAAGAAGUUCCUACUGAUAUCAAAUCUCAAAUUAUUGGUGCUAUUAGUCAAAUGUUAGAAACUACUUUCAGUGGUAGUGGUGCUAUGCUUUCUAACUUGAUUGGUUAA